CUCGACGUCGAAUGAUUAGAUUCGUCCUUCUCACCUGUCUGUUGUUUCCGUCGUCGUUUCCCGUAAAAUUGCCGCGAUCGGCAGGGAAAGAGACGGAAAUGUCAAGGAUGCUCGCGGUGGAUUUCGAAGUUUUCGGCAUCGUGCAAGGUGUUUUCUUCAGAAAAUACACGCAGAAACGCGGCAAGGAGCUGGGCCUGAAGGGAUGGUGCAUGAACACCCCAAACGGUACCGUAGUUGGCCACAUGGAAGGGACAAAGACGCAGAUCAACGAGAUGAAAGAAUGGCUUCGCCACACCGGAAGUCCUCAGUCCCGGAUCGACAAGGCGGAAUUCCGCAACGAGAAGGAAAUCUCGCAGCCGUCGUUCUCCAACUUCGAGAUACGAAAGUAGAGGCAUUCUCCCAUCGAGAAUGGAGAAAUAACAGCACACACAUAAACGUUUAAGUUUUAGAAUUAUUUAACUCGCGUCUGA